UUUGCCUAACCAAAACAUUCACUUCAUCUUACGAUGAAGCAGCGAAACAAUUAAGAUUCGGUGAAGUUAUAGUAAUGUCAGUGGACAUUUGGAAUACUUAACGUAGCCGCACAAAUGAUACAGCGCUUUUGUAUUGUUUAAUUUAUGACUGUCUCGUAGACACGUGAUGUUUUUUCGCGUGUUGACCUCAUUGCUUUGUGGUUAACGUUUACUAUAAACAAGCCCGGAAAUCCUAUGUGAAGUUAUUGUCCAGCCAACUAUUUGUCUUCUACCGCUGGUACAGAUGCCUCAUCUGGAAAAGUCAAAGGGCCGAGGGUCAAAAAGACUAAAGUUAGACUGGAAGUUCGUCGAGAGGUUCUGCAGCAUCCAGAAGGUGCUGUUCCCGUCAUGGACCAGUCCCAGUGUUCUGAUGUUCGGGACGCUGCUGGGCGUCACUUUGACAGAGCAGCUGAUCAUUUACCAAGUCGGUGUCCUCCCCAGCCACUUCUACAAAGUGCUGGGGGACAAAGACUACUCAGGCUUCAGGAGCCUUGUCAGCACGGCCGUGGUGCUCAUUGUACUUAACUCUACUCUGAAAAGCCUUGACCAGUACAUUUGCAACCAGAUGUAUGUUAACUGGAGGCAGACGCUGACUGAAAGCCUCCACUCAUCCUACUUCCAGGGCAGAGUCUACUACACACUCAAUGUACUCAGAGAGGACAUAGAUAACCCAGACCAGCGAAUCAGUCAGGAUGUGGAGAGGUUGUGUAAACAGAUGAGCAGCAUGGCCAGUCGCUUGAUCGUGUCACCGUUCACACUGACUUACUACACCUACCACUGCUUUCACAGCACUGGCUGGAUCGGUCCUGUGAGUAUCUUUGGUUACUUUGUGAUCGGAACCAUUGCCAAUAAAAUCCUCAUGGGGCCGAUUGUGUCAACUCUGUUUGAGCAAGAAAAACUGGAGGGAGACUUCAGAUUCAAACACAUGCAAAUCCGUGUGAAUGCAGAAUCUGCAGCCUUUUACAGAGCCGGUAAAGUGGAACACAUGAGGACCAACCGCAGACUACAGGCUCUGUUACAAACUCAAAAGAGCCUAAUAAACAAAGAACUCUGGCUCUAUAUUGGGGUGAACACCUUCGACUACCUCGGAGGCUUCCUCAGCUACAUCAUCAUCGCCAUUCCCAUCUUCUCUGGCUUCUACGACGGACUUACACCCGGCGAGCUCAGCGCGCUCAUCAGUAAGAACGCCUUUGUGUGUAUCUACUUGAUAAAUGGCUUCACGCAACUAAUAGACCUGUCAACCACUCUGUCAGACGUGGCCGGCUACACCCACAGGAUUGGGGAGCUGAAGGAGGUGAUGGAUGACAUCGUACUCAAGCAGUGUGACUAUGACCCUGCAUCAGGCGAAAGCUAUGACUUUGACAGUGACUUCAAUGUGCACGCAGGCCCGUUGGACACUGCCUUCAUAUUGGAUCAUCUUUCAUACAAAUCUCCGUAUUCAGACCAGCUGCUGGUGGAGGAUCUGAGUCUGAAAAUCACUGAGGGGACUCAUUUGCUGGUGGUGGGGAACACAGGCACCGGCAAGACAUCGCUGCUGAGGGUCCUCAACCGACUCUGGGAGGCAGAUAGUGGUUUUGUCCAGAUGACCACAUGCUUUGGGCCCAGAGGAACUCUCUUCCUGCCACAGAAACCGUACCUGACUGACGGCUCACUGCGUGAGCAGGUCAUUUAUCCACUGAAGGAUAUUUACCCUGCAUCAGGAUCAGUGGACGAUGACAGAAUCAUACAGUUUCUAGAACUGGCUGGAGUGUCAAGUCUGCUGAAGCGAACGGGCGGGCUGGAUGAAAAGGUGGACUGGAACUGGUACGAUGUUCUCUCUCCAGGUGAAAUGCAGCGUCUCUGCUUUGCAAGACUGUUCUACCUGCAGCCUAAAUAUGCUGUGUUGGACGAGGCUACUAGCGCUUUGACUGAGGAGGCAGAGGCACAGCUAUACAGAACCUGCAAACAGCUUGGCAUGACCCUGAUCAGCCUGGGACACCGCAGAAGCUUGGAGAAGUACCAUGAUCUCCAACUGAAACUGUGCGGAGGAGGCCGAUGGGAGUUGAAUAAGUUAAAAGGCAGCACUGGAAACCUCAAUCACAGAAAUGACACCAUUUGACCACAAAGCGUUUACUAUCAAAUUAUGGAUGAGCAUCAGUGUGGGAGCCAAUAACAAACAACUAUUUAAAAAGCUAUUUAACAUUAUUUCACCAUUACUACAGCAUACUGCUCCUCAGCAGCUCCAGAGCAAGUAUUAAUGUUAUACUCCUGUACACAUUUUGUGUGGAUGAUUUGGAAGCAAAGUACAAGGUUCUGGACGUGGACUUGGAAAAUGACUAUAAGGGAAAACUGUGUCAUGAUCAGUUGAAUUCAGACGAUUAAUUGAAUCUAUUAUGUUCACAAUCGCUACAAGGGAACAUCAUUGUUAUUAUUUAAACACUGCUUGACCUGAUUUAAGAUAAUGUUAUUGCCAUCUGUUUUAAUAAAGUGGGACUAGUCUGGUUAA